AUGCUUCACCUGGACAUGGAUCACCUGCUGCUGCUGCUGCUGCUGCUGCUGUGGAGCUCAGGACUCCAGACUGAAGGACAAAUCGUCAGAGAGCUCAGGUUGGUGAGAGGAGACAGUCACUGUGCAGGAACACUGGAGCUGAAAGUUCAGGGAGAAUGGAGACCAGUGGUUGAACAGGACAAUAUCUUUCACUGGACCCUUAAUACAGCGGCUGUCUGCAGAGAGAAGGACUGUGGCCCUCCUGUUUCUGUAGGAUGGGAAACUUCGCCUUUAACCUUUUACAAAGAUACGCGUUGGAUCAAAGCUUACUGUGUUAACAUUAAGACUGCUCUGAGUGAGUGUGUAACAUCAGGUUUCGCUUCCUUCAUGAAUCUCACCUGCUCAGAUGACUCCGGUCCUCAAGCAAGAAAGCAUUCCAGGACGGAGCGUGUGUGUGGAAGCCCUGUCCUUAAGUUAACAUUUAUACAUGCAUUUAAGAAACCAGAGUCAUAUUCCUACCAUGGAACUACUGACACUCAACCUGGUGCUUAUCAUGUGACUGUUCUAAUGGGUUUGUCUCUUCCUGCCUUUUUUCAGGUCAGUAGACAUCACUGCCUCCACCACCUGCAAAUGAGUCAACAGCACACAGGAAACCAGCCGGUCACCCAGAGCUGGAUGGGUGUAUUCUAACGCAAGCUCGGCCUGCCACUUCAUCUUGGGACCCAGUUGAAGCAACUUUUCCUGACAAGCCCGGAGGUUUGACCGGAGGUACUGCCAUCCGUCGCAUGCUACGGCGAGUGGCAACCAAUGAUGUUCUAAAACAGUAUAAAAGGGAAAGAAGGCCUUCCAGGACCUGACGAUCUGCAGAGUUA